AUGGGCGGGAAUAGCCUCAUGAGAGUGACACCCUCAUGCAAGGGAUGGACCGGGGGGUGGUGUAUGUGGUGUCUCUCGAUAGAAUAUUGGUUGAAGGAUUUGAAAGGGAGAAGACUAGAAAACCCAUUGACACCGAGACAGACAUGGGAAGAUCCAGACAUUGAUGGAUGGGGAAAAGAUCUGGUUAGGGCCGGGGAAGAAUACGAAGCGCAACCACCAACAACUCUGAAGUCACCGAGUGAUCCCAGCUUACUUGCUGAUGGCUGA